AAGACCAAGCUUGUAAUCUAUAAACCAGGAUGGAUCCAAGUCCAAACUGACGGAUUUGUCCUGACGAAAUCAGGCAAGGCGGCGACGGGGGUAUUAUCAGAGACCACUUGGGACGAUGUCAAAGCGCCUUUGUCUGCAACUUGGGUUUGUGCACUAUUACAAGAGCUGAACUUAAGGGGGCUGCUGAAGGUCUGCGACUUG